UCUACCAACAUCUCUGAACCCGCGCAGAUCAGUCAACCACAUCCGCUCUGAAUGGCAGAGAACGCCUUCGUCCUCAUCAACCGUCCCUCCUUGAAGAUUCCGACUCAGCAGACACCAGCACAGAUUCGCCAUUUCGCCUCCUGCUCUUUCCCCGAGAUACGGAGAAGGGCUCCCCGAACCGUAUCCGCCACGGACAGACCCACAACUCCGUCGCGCGUCGAUAUCAUCUCCACCUCCGUAGUUUGCUCUGAUGGAAGUGUGGUCUUCCGGUUUGGAGAUGCCGCGAAGGUUACAAGGAGGGUGUUGGUGGAGGAGAGGGAGCCGAAGGGGUUUUCUAGUGGUGGAAUGUUAGACGAAAGGGAAGAAAAUUCUGGACUUCAGUGGGGGAGCAACGAAUCUUGCCCUGCUGAUGAUGAUGGGGGCACCGUUGACGAUAAGUUCAGGACAAGUUCAGUCGGAAUUUGUACGUCAAUAGAACAUGAGGUCAGCGACUUAUUAGGGACGCGAUUUUCAGAUGGUUGGGAGAUGUCAGAAGGAACUUGGUUGGAUCCAAGAGAGCCUGUCCUAGAAGAGGGCAUUUCUGAUUUACUGGAUCGUGCGAUGGUAUCCGAGGCCUCUGAUUUUGAAGAUAGUUUGGUGGCUGCGGAAUCCAUUAUAACUUCUCAAUUUGGCGGAGACAUCAAUCUUGGUUCGGCGGAAUUGGAAAUGCAGCAGCCCGACGAAGUUGAGAAGGAGAUUACGGUGUUAUCUUUACUUUCUGAUGAAAAUUUGGAGGAUGUUGAAGAGAGAGGGACUUGUGCUGAAAGGGAGCAGAUUAGGUGCUCAAGUAAUGGACUCCCCCUUGCUUCAGGUCCUGUAUCACAUGAAGAAGAUGAAAGUCACCAAAUGAGAGAAAUUGUGAGUGCAGAAGGAUCAAUGGAUGAUUCCCUUCGAACUACUGAACGUAUUCUGGUAAAUAGCAGCGCUCUGAAGGAAUGCAAUUCGUUCGAAUGCGUUUCAGAUUCGAGCUCUCAGGCUAGUUCCGAUGACAUAUACAAAGAAAGCUUCAUGGCCCCAUCAUCUGAUGUGCAUUUUGUUGUAUUGAAAACUGAAGAAACCAUACAAAUCAAUGAGGCUGCUGAGUUUGCUGAAGAGGACCAAUAUUUUACAAUAAAAUCACG